CCCGAAAGUAAACAGCGCCGGGAUCAUCCGGGCCGCCCCGCAGGAAUGUUCACUGCCAGGCGGCCGCUGCCGGGCCCGCUGGGACCCUCAGACGCCGGGGCGGUUUGCGCCCUCCCGCUCGCUGUGCCUGGCGCGCCGGCAGCCGCUCUCGGAGAGGAUGCCCGUGGCUACCGUGGCCGCCGCCCCUGGUCCCCCCUCCCCCUCUGCACUGGACCGCCGCGGAUCAGGCGCGACCCGCCCGCGGUGCUGCCCCCGGCGCCCUGCUGACGCUCCCGCAGGGCAACGCUGACCGGACACGGCCCAGCCUCCCCCGGCUCUCCCCGCUGCCCCUCCCUCCCGCCCUCAGAAGCUCUCCCGGCCCCGCCACCCCGGUCGUCGCUCAGUGGAAGCGCCGCGCAGUCAAGGCGUUGUGCCCGGUCCCGGCCGCCCGCCCGUAGCGAUGAGGCCGGGGGGCAGGCGAUGUCUCCCGCUGCUGGCGGGCCUGGCGGUGGCCAUCGCCCUGGCAGAGGCCGCGACCUUUCUAUCCCAGCAGUAUGCCUCCCAGUUUCUGGUGAGGAAACGUCGAGCAAAUUCUUUUGUGGAAGAAAGUAAGAAGGGAAAUUUGGAAAGAGAGUGCAUUGAAGAAUUAUGCAAUAAAGAAGAAGCCAGGGAAGUCUUUGAAAAUAAUCCUGAAACUGAAUAUUUUUAUCCCAGGUAUUUAAGCUGCCUUGCCUCCCAUCGAGCAGGGAUUUUCAGGGUUACUGCAGUUACUCCAGAUUCUCCAGCUGACCUGAGGGCUUGUGUCAAUGAAAUUUCAAACCAGUGUAGCCCUCUGCCAUGCCACAAAGAUGGGUAUAGAGAUUGCAUAGAUGGACAAGCCAAAUAUACAUGUGUCUGUAAACCAGGAUGGCAAGGAGAGAAAUGUGAAGAAGAUAUAAAUGAGUGUGAAGACUCCAAUGGAGGUUGUAGCCAACGCUGUUCCAAUUUACCUGGAAGCUACCGUUGUUUAUGUGAAGAUGGCUACUUCAUGCAUUCAAAUAAAUGGGAUUGUGGAGAUAUAAAUGAAUGCCUGUUAUAUCCAAACAUCUGUGGGACAGCUACCUGUAAAAACACUUUGGGGAAAUACAAAUGUGAAUGUCCAGAAGGCUACACGUAUAAUUCAACUGCUAAGAAAUGUGAAGAUAUUGAUGAAUGUGCUGAAAACGUUUGCGCUCAACUCUGUGUAAACUCUCCGGGAAGUUACAGCUGCUAUUGUGAUGGCAAGAAAGGGUUCAAGCUCUCUAAGGACAUGAAGAAUUGUGAGUCUGUAACUGCCUGUGUCCCGCUGAACCUUGAAAAGAAUUAUGAACUGCUUUACCUGGCAGAGCAAUUUAUAGGAAUUCCCGUUCUGUACUUAAAGUUUAAAUUGCCAAAUGUCACAAGAUUUACAGCAGAAUUUGAUUUCCGGACAUACGAUGCAGAGGGAGUUCUACUGUAUGCAGAAUCCCUUGACAAUUCAGCAUGGAUCUUGCUUGCUCUUCGUGAUGGAAAGAUUGAGAUUCAAUUCAAGAACGAGUUUGGAACAAAAGUCACCAGUGGAGGAAAAGCCAUUAAUGAUGGGCUGUGGCAUAUAAUAUCAGUUGAAGAACUAGAACACAGCAUCAGUGUAAAAAUAGCUAAGGAAGCUGUGAUGAGUAUUAACAGCCCAGGAACUCUUUUUAAACAAUCACAAGGUUUCUUGGAAACUAAGGUGUACAUUGCAGGAUUACCUCGCAAAGUGGGCAACACUCUUGUUAAACAGAUUAACCCUCGUCUAGAUGGAUGCAUUCGUGCUUGGAACCUGAUGAAUCAGGGACAUUCAGGUGUAAAAGAAGUUAUUCAAGAAAAGCAAAGCAAACACUGCUUAGUAUCAGUGGGGAGAGGAUCCUUCUACCCUGGCACAGGAAUGGCAAAGUUUCACCUAAACUAUAAUAAUCCUGACAGUACUGAAGACUGGCUAAUUAAUGUGACUAUGACUAUUCGCCCAUCCACAGAUACUGGUGUUAUGUUUGCUUUGGUUUCUAAUGAAACAGUGCCUCUUGCUUUGUCCAUAGUGGACUCUAACUCCUCUGACUCACAGAAAAUCAUUGUGACUAUUGGAAACAUCACUGUUGCACAUCUGGAAUCAAAGAAGUUAUGUACACCCAAAAGAGUGGUGGUUGGACUUUUAGUAACCAAAGAGCAACUUGAACUGUCUGUUGAUUCACACACAGACAGAAGCACUUCGGAGCAAUUGUCUGUCCUCCAUCAAGCAAUGAUGACAAGUGUUGUUACCUACUUGGGUGGCCUGCCAGAUGUUCCUCUGGGUGCUACGCUAGUAACUGCUUUUUAUAAUGGCUGCAUGGAGGUGAAGGUCAACGACAGACAGCUGGAUCUGGAUGAAGCUGUUUCUAAACACAAUGACAUUAGAUCUCAUUCGUGCCCACUGAUUAUGCAGUAACCGUUCGAUUCUUAAUUUAACCUUUUUCUUUCAGAUACAAUCUGUGUACUUAGUCACACGCCAUAAUGAAGUCUGUAUUAUUUUAUUCAAAAUGUGCCAGGAAAAUAAUCAACAGAGUGGUUUUCUUCCUUUUAUAUAGAACGUGGGAAAAGCUUCCCCUUACUUUUCAUCUAUAAAGAGACAAUCGAGAUCAAAAUUCUAUAAAAUAUUUUUUGUAUUCAUAUCAGUGAUAAAUCUUGCAGUUAGAUUUCUAAUUUAUAUUCCAUGCUUAUACUAUGCCCAUUUAUAUUUAGUUUGGAGAAGUUUUGUUUUGGGAAGUUCUGUUUAGAACCCAUGUUACUUACUUUUCAUAUAUCAGCAUAAAGUUUUAAGUUGCCAAUUUUGGUAAUGUAUUUGAAACAAAACCAUUCUCAUUAAGCUUUUCCAAGCAUAACACAUGAAAUCUCUAUUGGUUUUGUAAUAAGUGCUUUUAGUAAAGGAAAAAAAUAUUCCUGAAUCCAGAGCCCAAGCUCUCUGUGAAUAUGUUUACAAGUUGUAUCAAUAUUGGGAAAGCAACUUCAAAAUGGGAAUGUUUUCAUAUGUAGCUCAGCUUUUGAAAAUGCUCUUGUUAUGCUGCUUCUACCAGCUUUCAUUCUUCUAGCUUAGGAACCCAGCUUCAGAUUUUUAACAGUGUUGUGGAUCAGGUCAAGUAAUUUGCUUUCAGAAGAGGUAAAAAUAUACCCCAGGCACUUUUGGAAAACACAAGAGAUGACAUGAAGGAAGGAACUCUGGUCUUCAUAACAGGAUGUCAAACUAGAAUUUGCUAAGCAAAGCUGAGAAAUUGUGGCAAACAUUUCUUCCAUUUGUGACAAAUCUAGCACUCCUCAAUAAGAGCACUCUCUAAUGGUCCAUCCUAUUCCCUUUAUUUAGGUCUACCUUGCAUUCACAGAGCCCCUACAGAGAUAUAGUUAUGAGCCCUGUUGUAGCUGUGUUUCUGAUGUACUUGAAAGCCUAAAUUUUGCUAGUUACAUCAGAAUGUAAAGCCAUAUUCUGCUCAGCCAACUUUAAUGGAUCAGGUAAUUAGAAAAAUAUUGUUUUCCUCAGGUGUACUCAUUUCAAGCAUUUCUAAUAUUUCUUUAACAUCACUGGAGUGUUCUUUCUAUUUCCAGUCCCCUUUUCACACAACCAGAAGCCUCUCUGUGCAGCUCACCUAGUGGUUCUCUUAACCCCAAACCAAAUCAAUAGCCAGAGAAUUGCUGUAAGCAAGGAAUCUAUGCUCUCAUCCAUCAAUCAGAGAGACAUUUAUUUGCAAGACUUCUUGACCCAAGUUUUGCUUUCUUCACUUGAGACAUUGAAGUGGAAAUAUAUGUACUAAACGAUGGAUUGUGACAAUUCUGAUUUUGAAGAUUGCCUUUCUCCAGAGACAUUCCCAGUGACAUUAGCGAGGUUUCAUUGUUGAGUACUAACUUCAGUAUAUCAGUGUUGCAGAAUCUGAGCCCAUCUUUCAACAUUAUUACUUUGUCUGAGGUUAUUGUGAAUUUCACUUUCCAUUUGUGCGAUGGAUUUGCUCUGACUUUUGCACCAGCCAGCCUCAGUACAGCCUCUCAAUCUGCCCAACGCUUGGUUCAUCCAUAGCUGCUUAUUAGAAGCCAUACUGCAUGGCUGACACCCAGGGCCUGAUUGCCUAGUGCACUUUUCUAGAAUAGCAUGUAAAAAUGCUUUGAUUUUUACAUAUUCCAUGGAGGGGAGCAUCCUUUCCCACUUUAUUCCCAUCCCCCCCAAAACAUUCUUCAUUUAGGUUUAAGUUGAAGAAUAAUGACUAAAACAAGCAGGUUUUCCAUGCAAGACGGAGACAAAUUGGGACUUCUGACAUCAAAUACACAUGUGAUUAUUUCAUUUUAAGUAUCUCAGAGUCACCCACUGAAUUCUGGCAAGCCCUUGAGUCAUCCUCUUUGCCUUUUAAAACAAAUGCAGAAAUUAUUAGAUGAGGAACACUGAAGUAUCAGCAAUAAAAUAAAAACUUAUGUCAGCCUGUGCAAACAGGAGAAAAGGUUUGGUUGGUUUUAGGGUUUUUUUUGUUUGUUUAAAUGCAGUAAAUAGUGUAUAGAUGAAAUUAAAUGAUUUUUGUUUUGUUUGAUUUUCCCUGCACAAACAUCAUUGCUUUUGUGGUUCCAUGGAAUAAUUUUUAGUGUUUGGUAGUUAUAAUGAAACCUUGCAGGUUUUUUUUAUUUUCAUAUGUAAAAGUGCCUCCUAAUUGUAAGAAUUAAAUAAAGCAGCAUUUGCAAGUUUCUAUUCAUUUUAA